AUGCCGGCUGAGUGGGAGCCUCAUGCUCAAACUUGGAUCGGUUGGCCUGAACGGCAAGACAACUGGCGUCACAACGCUUUACCUGCACAAAGAGUGUUUGUAGAUGUUGCAAAGGCUAUCUCAAAGUUCGAACUUGUUACAGUCUGUGCAAGCCCCACUCAGUGGGGAAAUGCAAGGAAACAGCUUCCAGAGGAUAUCAAAGUUGUUGAGAUGAGCAUGAAUGAUUCUUGGUUCCGUGACUCUGGACCUACUUUUGUUGUAAGGAAAGGACCAUUAAAGCUUAGUUCUAUUAACCGAAACAUAGCUGGAAUUGAUUAUUCUGACUUGCUCAUCACACAAUGGUGA